AUUUUAAUUUUUUGGACUCAAUAAUUUUUCACAAACCAGAUUGAAAAAUAUAAAGAAAAAAUAUUUUAUAAACGAUGAAAUAAGCAAAUGGAAAGGCUAACAACGAAUGGAAUUUAACGAAAUGUAAACUUUUSUAACCUAUAAAAAUUGCUAUAGACUGAAAAAGUAUAUAAAUCGGUUCAUCCGCAAAACCAAAAUUCCUCUCCCAAAACAAUAUCAACAAGACACAAAAACAAAAAUGUUUGCGCAACUGUCUCGAAGUUCCAGCGGUACCACAACCUGCAUAUUGUUCCACCUACUGCUGACCCUAUUCCCUCAAGCGUUGCACUGUCGACCUAGCAGCGGUUACACCACCGACGGCACCGAACUGAUUGUUGUGAAAGAAAUUGUACGUUGYACGCGACAGGGACUCCACGAGUUAUGCCAGAAUAGCACAGCAACAACAAAUGACAACGAACAACAACCAACUAAUGUGGCUAAUGAGUCAGUGUUGGACACAUUGGAUGAUUUAAUACUGCUAGAGACGAAACCAAAACAAACAGAUUACCAACAACAACAGCGCAAAUCAAAUCAUCCCUACGAGACUUAUCAACAACAGAGCGAAUUGUUGUCCUCAGCUGCCGCGCGUGAAGAUUCAAUAGUCUCUGCUGCCGCCGCGGCACCCGCUAUAGGUGAUCCGUCCGAUUCCACAGCGUUGGGUAGUUCCUACCAACAGGAACCGUUCAGCUCGGACAGCGACAGCGAAGCGGCAGAUGAGGUGGGCCACGCGCUCGAUAUCAAAACCACCGAUGUGGAUGCCGUUAAUGCGGCAGCAGCCGAUGAAAUUAUUGCCGACGGCGUGCUCCUCCACGGUGUAUUGUUGCGUCUGGCAGAUGGGCCACACACUGUGCCACAACCGGUGCCGCCAAUUGAUAUGAGUGAUUUCAUUUCAUUAAUACCGACCGAAGAGGUCAAAUCGAUUGCCACCAAUUAUUAUAAUAACGAUGCGGAAGUGCGUCGCGCCUACGCCUAUCUGAGCGGACCCGAUUUUAUUGCGCUGCGUCAGCAUAUUGUCGMCUCACCGGAAGUGGGCGCCUUUUUGCAAUAUCUAAAUGUGAGCGGCUUUGAUGUGUUGAAAUUCGUCUCGUCCAUUGCGAAUUUGACUAAGGUGGCGGUGAAUGCGCGCAGCGUGGAGGACUCGGAUGCGCUCGGUUUCGGGAACAGUGAGUUAGAACAGCAGCGCCAGCUGACGGCUAAGCAUAACAGUGCAGCUGUGCUCGCGGUGAAUGAAAUCUCUCGCAUGGAACAACAUGCUUCAGCAACCGCAACAUCGCCAGCAAUCGUCUUCGAAGAAGCACUAUCGGUAACUUCAACAAAAGCACCUACAGCAGUUUCCAAUUUCGAUGAGGCCAUAACGCAGAAAGCUGAACAGCUCAACGGUUUGCAUGGUCUGGUCGAUAGUAUUUUGGAAAUCUUGCCACAGGAUCAAAUACUCGCUACUUUCUUCGAUAAGCUCGAAUCGGAUGAUAAGUUUAGAAAAUUCGUGAAUAAUAUACAACGACCGGCCUUCGCGCAGAUACUCAGCAGAAUGGAGCAAUCGAUGUCAUUGAGAAAUCUGAUCUUCACUCUGCACAACAACGGUAUCUAUAUAACGCGUAUUGUGGACUCGCUUAAGGCGUAUUUCUUUCUCGGAGGCUUCUCUUAGUAUAGCGCACCCAGUAGUCCGAAAGUAAGCAUUAAGGAACACACACAUUUUAAUGCUGGGUGGAGAGAAUGGUUAGGCGAUAAAUUACGAGAAGGAGAGAGAGCAGACUGGUCGAGAGAACAGAGUUGGAUAUGAAGUGGAAAUAAAUGGUUUUGACAAAACAUAGAUAGCAGAAACAAAGAAAAUUAUUGCAGUGGAAAGCAUAAAAGCAAAAGAUGGAAAUAAUGAAUUGCAAAGAAUGCUGUAUAAUAUGAUAUAAUAAAAGCUUUUGUUGUUUACUAAUA